UUCCGGCGCCAGGUUGAGUGGAGAGCAGCGGCAGCAAUGGCAGACGAGAAACCCAAGGAAGGCGUGAAGACUGAAAAUAAUGAACACAUAAACCUGAAAGUGGCAGGACAGGAUGGCUCUGUGGUCCAGUUUAAAAUCAAGAGGCACACCCCGCUCAGCAAACUGAUGAAGGCGUACUGUGAAAGACAGGGACUUACAAUGAGGCAGAUCCGCUUCCGGUUUGAUGGACAGCCUAUCAAUGAGACAGACACACCUGCUCAGUUGGAAAUGGAAGAUGAAGACACGAUUGACGUAUUUCAGCAGCAGACGGGCGGCGUAAUGUAAAGCAGAGGCUACCUCUCCUCCUCCAUCCCAGCGUCCCUCCACCUCCUGCGUUCCUGCGUGUGCUCACAAGCUAACCACCAUGCUAAAACCGCACGGACUGACAUGCCCAGUUUCAGAUACAGAUGGACAAUGUUUUACCCUCAUCUCUCUCUCUUUCUCACGCUUCCUCUCUCUCUUUAGUUCUAUUAUAUAAACAAGUCAUGCAUUUCAGAGCUACGUGGACCUACGACCAAGAAAUCCUACAACGCUGUCGAUCCAGGUGUUCUGUGUUUGUUUUUCAGGUAGUAUGAAUGGAUGCUCAAAGCUAAAUCACCUUUUGUCUUUUUUUUUGUUUUAUUUUACUCAAAAAGGUUGGCUUUUAUAUAUCUUUUAUAUAUGUUGUAGUUCUCUUUUGUACCCAGUCAAUUUUAUUCAGUCACAUUUACAAUGUGGAGUGUCAAUGGAGUAGUUUUGUGUUUAGAAUAAAACGACUGUAUAAAAUUGCCCAAACGCGGUUGGACUCUUACAUUCUGAGAUUACAUCUCAUCACACUAGAGCCACUAUAUUAUGAGAUGAGGAAAUAAAUGAGGCUGGUUUUCAAAACGA